AUGGCGCACAUUCGACCAGCCAUGUUUCCUGGCGGAUACGCGGCGGCAUCUAGUCAUAGUUUAAGAGAUUGUUUGUCACGAUUUAUAUUGGGCAUGCUUCUAUUAGCAGGGGUACCGAGUGCUUACGGCGAAAUAGAGAGGAUAUACUUGGAUUCCACGGAUCUGAACAUACUCGUCGAUGAUAACCACCUCUUUCACUUGGUGCAAAUCGGCGAAUCGAACGUGACCCUACAAAUCCACACCCAAGUGCAGCAUCCGGACAUCGUGCAGUUCGUGCCGUCACCGUUGGACAUUCCGGGCUCUGCGGAUCCCAAUGACACGGCCGAGAUCACGCACGACAUCUGGGCGUACGGGAAGAGCCCCGGGCACUCGGAGGUCACAUUCAAUGCCACGCCUGUUGGGUCUGUCAACCUCAGCUCGGUGUUCCUGCGUGUGACCGUCAUGCAUUCGAAUACGAUAAGCAUCAUCUCGUACAUCAUGGGGUGGAUCUACUUCGCCGCUUGGUCGGUGUCGUUCUACCCCCAGAUCUACAUCAACUUCAAGCGCAAGAGCGUAGUCGGGCUCAACUUCGACUUCCUGGCCCUGAACAUCAUGGGCUUCACCAUGUACUCACUUUUCAACUGCGGCCUCUACUUCUCCAAGGCGAUUCAGGACGAAUACCUAAGCCGCCAUCCGCGCAGCGUCAAUCCAGUUCAGCUUAAUGACGUGUUCUUCUCUCUUCAUGCAGCCUUCGCUACGUUGGUCACCAUCACGCAGUGCUAUUUGUACGAGCGGGACGACCAGCGCGUGUCGAUGACGGGUCGUGGCAUACUCAGCGGUUUCGUGGUCGUCGUCAUUGUGACCGCCGGCCUGGGCGCUGGUGGUCAGAUAGAGUGGCUCGACUUCCUCUACGGCUGCAGCUACAUAAAGCUCUGCAUCACGCUCAUCAAAUACGUGCCGCAGGCGUACAUGAACUACAAGAGGAAGUCGACCGUCGGCUGGAGCAUCGGCAACAUCUUCCUCGACUUCGUCGGCGGCUUCCUGUCAAUACUGCAGAUGGCGCUCAACGCGUACAAUUACAACGACUGGAUCUCCUUCUUCGGAGAUGCGACCAAGUUCGGCCUGGGGCUGUUCAGUCUGGUCUUCGACGUGUUCUUCAUCUUGCAGCACUACGUUUUCUACAGAGAGGGCCGGGAAUUUAUGAUUGUUGACAGUAGUGACGAUGCCUCUAAUAUGACGUCGAGCGGUGAAGGAAGGGAAUACUUUAUGGUCAACUACUGGCAUGCCGAUGAAAAGAAAUACGACCUGGACGUUAAAGCG